GCCGGCAACCUCGCUCGGGCCCAAGUCACCGCCCGCGUCCCCGGCUGAGGCGGCCGCAGCGGCCGGCGUCGAGGGCGUGGCGGCUCCUCGCGGCCCCGGGCGGAGGGGGUCUGUCUGCCCCAGGCGGUGCUCGUCACCCCCGGGCCUCUCCCCUCGAGUGCACAGUAAGUGUCUGGCAGAUAUCCUAGAACUUUACCCACAGAGAAGAUGCUACGAGACACCAUGAAGUCUUGGAAUGAUAGCCAGUCAGAUCUCUGUAGCAGCGACCAGGAGGAGGAAGAGGAGAUGGUCUUCGGUGAAAAUGAAGACGACUUGGAAGAGAUGAUGGAUCUAAGCGACCUGCCCACCUCACUUUUUGCUUGCGGUGUCCACGAAGCAGUGUUUGAGGUCCCAGAGCAGAAGGAGAGGUUCGAAGCUCUGUUCACCCUCUAUGACGACCAGGUCACGUUCCAGUUGUUCAAGAGCUUCCGCAGAGUGCGGAUCAACUUCAGCAAGCCCGAGGCUGCGGCGAGAGCUCGGAUAGAGCUCCACGAGAGUGACUUCCAUGGCCAGAAGCUGAAGCUGUACUUCGCACAGGUGCAGGUGUCCGGGGAGGCUCGGGACAAGUCUUACUUACUGCCACCACAGCCCACCAAGCAGUUCCUCAUCUCCCCUCCAGCCUCCCCGCCAGUGGGGUGGAAGCAGAGUGAGGAUGCCAUGCCUGUGAUCAACUAUGACUUACUCUGUGCUGUCUCCAAGCUGGGGCCAGGGGAGAAAUACGAACUGCACGCAGGAACCGAGUCCACUCCCAGCGUCGUGGUGCACGUCUGUGAAAGCGAAACUGAAGAGGAAGAAGAUGCAAAAAACCCCAAACAGAAAAUCACGCAGACUCGGCGCCCAGAGGCCCCCACGGCCGCGCUGAGUGAGCAGCUGGACUGUGCACUGUGAGCCCUGCCGCCGCACCUGUGCUUCCUGCUGCUGCUGCUGCACCUGUGCUUCCUGAUGCUGCUGCUGCUGCUGCACCUGCACUGGAGCGCAGCCAGGAGAUGCCGCUGCAUCCAUCGGGCAGCCGGGCCAGCCUUGCCAGGCCGGAACGUGAGGUGAAGUAGCAGAUGUGGCCAGCUGUUUGAAAUUUUGAACAAUAUUCUAAAUGGCACUUUACUCGACAAGGUUAGCCCCCACUGUGUGGCACCUGAUUCCUCCCCCGGAAACCUUAGUUCCCCUGAAUGUGUAGAUCGUUGGGUACCAAAGGCCAGAACUAGAAUCACCCAGUGCACUACCAUUUUUACAGAUUUAAAAAUUAGUCUUACAAUUUUAGUAAUUUGGUGUGGGUAUUUUUGUACUGGUGUGGUAGUGUCUAACAAAUACAUUGAGCAAAGGCUGAAUGUUA